ACAUGUUGUUUCCCUUGACUAGAGGGGAAGCUGUACCACUGCAAUUUCUCAAUCGAUUGAUAAUAGAUUGAAUAACGGUAAUUCCCUACGAAGUCUAUGGACAGCAUCGGAUUCUUCCGCUCGGACUUUGAGGUCAUGAAGCGAUGACGAGUUGCCUUUUUGGAGGCCCACUCAGACGAAAGCUUGGAAGCUUUGGAUAUCCUGCUUUCUUGCAGCUACCAUAUCUCUUGUGGCCGCAAAAUUCUAGACGUCCUAUCGCAUACAAAUUGGCAACAAUGGCUUCCCAAGAGCACAAGACCUUAGAAGCCUCUCUGGAAGAAGGAUCAAACGCAACUGAAGCAGCAAAAUCUCUCACAGAACCCACAAAGAAGAUAUUCUCCGAGGGUGCUGAUACUGAGGACUCGCUUUGGAAGGUGUGGCACGAUGUUAUCGAUGUAGCAGCCCAAACUUCGCACACAAACCAGCAGCCUUUGAUAGACAUCUUACUAGCUGUACAGCAGCAAAAUAUCGGCAAGGACGAGGCUUCAAGUGAACGUACUAUAUGGGGAAGCAAAGUGAAGAUUUGGAAAGAUAUUCCACUUUUGGGGGCAGCUGCACGAGAGGCAUUCAAUAGAGGUAAGGAAAUUACAUUAAUAUCACAUGGAAAUUACUGACAUUUCCAACAGCACCUGGUGCAGGUGACAAGAACGAGCUCCCUGCUGAGCAGUGGAGCAAUCUGAAUGCUUUCUUGGCACGUCUUACCUCCCACAGCCCAUCGAUACCAGCUUUCGAUUUCUCUCUCUACGCGAUAUGGCAGCUGCGAUCGGCGUUUGAGGAUGAAAGUGGUGGUUCGGAAGCAGAUGUUGAUGCUGCGAAAUUGUGGUUUGUCUAUGCGAAAGACUCGAUAGAGAAACUGAGUAAAGAGGGGAAGUCCUUUGAUGGGAAUAAUAAUAAGAUCGCGAGAGGUGGCGAUAAAUAUCGAGACAGAGAGUGGAAAGGAUUUAAUCCUGAGAGGUUGGAAAUUUGGCAGAAUGCUCUGAAAGAUCAAUGA